GUCAAAGGGCAUGAGUGAUAAACACCGAUGAACACUUCAUCAUGGAUGGUUGUACGUGUUGUCGGCGUGGUAACCUACCCGGGGAUGACAGGACGGGCGAAACACGUGUACAUGAAAUGCGCCCUCUACUGAGUACAAAUUCCCACCGACAGAACAUAUUACCCCGGAAAGACUACGAGAGCCUGGAUUAUGACCGCUGUUUUAACAGGCCCUAUCAACGAUAUGUUAAUGAGCUUGGUCAGCAGCAGUCUGCACUUAAACUAGCGCUAGUAAAAUGGAUUGUGACUUUUCUCGUUGGCUUUCUAACAGGGAUGGUAGCGCUUUUCAUUGACUUUGUGGUGAAGAAAUUGACAAAAUUAAAGUUUGACACCGUUGAAGAUUCUAUUUUACAGUGUUCCGAGGACGGAUGCCUGGUGGUACCCUUAUUGUAUCUACUUUUGUUCAAUGUGGGUUUCGUUAUAGUGGCGUCCUGUCUAGUCGUCAUAGAGCCAAUAGCCGGAGGUUCAGGUAUCCCGGAGAUCAAGUGUUACCUGAACGGAGUCAAAGUUCCUCGGGUCGGCCGCCUUCUCACCUUGGUCAGCAAGAGUGUCGGGGUUCUCUUCAGUGUGGCAGGGGGUCUGUUUGUGGGGAAGGAAGGACCGAUGAUACAUAGCGGGGCUAUCAUCGGGGCGGGUGUACCUCAGUUUCAAAGCAUUGCAUUUAAGAAGGUGAACCUAAAGAAGUACAGUUUCUUCCGUACAGACAGGGAUAAACGUGAUUUCGUAUCCGGUGGAGCAGCUGCUGGUGUAGCAGCUGCUUUCGGCGCCCCAAUAGGAGGGGUACUGUUUAGCCUGGAGGAAGGGUGUUCGUUCUGGAAUCAAAGUCUCACCUGGAGAACAUUUUUUUGCUCAAUGGCAGCAACUUAUACGUUGAAUUUUUUCCUGUCCGGGAUCGACUCAGAAAGCUGGGGUUAUUUCUAUCUGCCGGGACUCAUCAACUUUGGAGUUUUUAAGUGUACGAACGAGCUCAGGAUCGACUGUCGCUUGUGGGACAUAACAGAUUUGGCCAUCUUUGUUGUAAUGGGUUUCCUCGGAGGUCUAAUGGGAGCAUUGUUCAACACUAUCAACACAGCCAUUACCAAACAUCGUAUGAAACACUUGAACAAGAAACACAAGCUCUUCAGGAUUUUAGAGGCGGCACUAGUGGCGGCAGUGACCACAUCUGUGACAUUUGGAGCUUCCAUGGCCCUCGGGGAAUGCUCGGAGAUUCCCACAAAUUUUGUGAACGGGACGUCCAGCAGUAUCGAAGACACAGUCCGGACGUACUUCUGUCCUGACGGAUACUAUAACGACAUGGCCACUCUCUUCUUUAACUCACAGGAAGAAGCCAUCAAACAGCUGUUUCACCAACCGGGCACCGACGGUUUCAGCCUCCGCACCUUGGGACUGUUCACGCUAUUUUUCUUCUUUCUGGCAUGCUGGACAUAUGGUACCAAUGUACCGAGCGGUUUAUUCGUCCCCUGCCUUCUGUGUGGCGCCGCCUAUGGGCGAUUUGUGGCACGACUUCUCGUAUUAUUGGGGUACGGUAACCAGGCCAUUCAUUCCGGCACGUUCGCACUAGUAGGAGCAGCCGCCUUCCUCGGCGGGGUAGUUCGAAUGACCAUCAGUUUAACGGUCAUUCUCAUAGAGUCCACCAAUGAGAUUUCGUACGGCUUGCCACUCAUGUUAGUGUUGAUGGUGGCAAAAUGGUCUGGUGAUCUCUUUAAUGAGGGACUAUAUGACAUACAUAUAAAACUCCGAGGCGUUCCGUUACUAGAGUGGGAGGUUCCGACUGGAAUGGAAAGGUUAAAAGCUGAAGACAUUAUGGAGCGGAAGCUUCACUUUUUGUAUCCGAGAACUAGAGUAACAUCUAUCGUUCAGAUUCUCAGAACCACCGCCCAUAACGCUUUUCCUAUAGUGUCUAUCAUUGAGGACAGACAUCAGCAGGUAGUGAAUUCCAGUAAUAUGGACGAGGAAGAACCACACUCCCCUACGGAACAAAACAUCCCGAAGAAUGUUCCCCUUCGAAUGGAUGGUUUGAUAUUGAGGUCACAGCUAGUAACACUACUGAAGAAAGGAGCAAUGCACGAGGAACAUCACACGAGGACCAGCCAAUUCAAUCUCAGCUAUGAGGAGAUGACAGAAGACUACCCCCGAUAUCCAGACAUUUAUGACGUCACCAAAUCACAGAACCUUAACCAAUCAAAACUUGUGGACGUGGUACCUUAUAUGAACCCUUGUCCAUAUACCGUGUAUCCCACGACACCAGUGCCUCAAGUGUUCAACCUGUUCAGAAGCAUGGGACUCCGACAUCUACCCGUCGUUAGCCAUGAAGGACAGGUACUUGGGAUGGUUACUCGACACAACCUUACUCACGAGUUCCUGGAAGCGCGGCUAGAGGAGCUACACGAAGAUAGGUGUCUUUCGUAAACAUGCAUUCUCCCUUAUAUAGUGAUGCAUUCUGGGAACGUCAUGGCAAGACAAUUAAAACAGUGCUAAACGGUGCAUGAUGUAUUCAAGAACAGAAUAAACACAAUGUGACUGGA